UUGUGGUCAAAACUUUGUUUUGAAACAUGAUAUCAGACAAACAUGAGUUGGUUUUCCUUCCUCUUUUUUUAUGAUGUUUUGAUAUUGAUGAAUCAGUAAUAUUACUCAACUCUCUGGGAUUAAAGCAUAUAUAAGAUGUUCCCUGGCUACACACCACACAAUCCAGACAUUUUUGAGGAAGAAACAUGAAGACCUUCAAAAUUUGCCUACUAUUAGUCAGUUUGGCAAUAGCAGUUCACUCUUUGCCAAUAACACCAAGCAAAGAAGAUGAAGUUCUUGCAGAGACGUACCUGAAAAGGUUCUAUAACCUGACAGAGGAGACUGGUCCAACAGCCAGACAGGGGCCAAGUCAGAGGAGCAGGAAGGUCCAAGAGAUGCAAAAGUUCUUUGGCCUAAAGUUGACAGGAACCUUGGAUGCUGAGACUUUGGCAAUGAUGAAGAAGCCACGCUGUGGUCUACCUGAUGUUCAAAUUGGGCACUUUAGCACCUUCGACAACCUGAAGUGGAAGACAAACCAGCUUACCUACAGGAUUGAGAACUACACACCUGACAUGUCUGUGGCUGAGGUGGACCAGUCCAUAACGAGAGCACUACAGGUGUGGGCCAAGGUCUCCCCCCUGAGGCUCACCCGUAUCAACAGUGGUACUGCAGACAUCAUGAUCUCCUUUACGAGAGGAGAUCAUGGUGAUAACAGCCCCUUCGAUGGCCCUGGUGGCUUCCUAGCCCAUGCCUUUGCCCCUGGCCCUAACAUUGGAGGAGAUGUUCAUUUUGAUGAAGAUGAGGACUUCAGCUUCAGCUCAACCAGAGGGUACAACUUGUUCCUGGUUGCUGCCCAUGAGUUUGGUCAUUCCCUGGGUCUCAGCCACUCUAAUGACCCUGGAGCACUGAUGUUCCCAAUAUACAGCUACACAGACCCCAGAACCUUCUCUCUGCCUCGUGAUGAUGUCAAUGGCAUCCAGGACAUCUAUGGCACAAACCCAGAUGUGAACCCCAAACCCGGCAAGCCAGACCCUACACCCCCUUCCACUCCUGAUGCCUGUGACCCCUCCCUGGUUCUGGAUGCUGUCACAACACUUCGUGGAGAGAAGAUGUUCUUCAAGGGCAGGUUCUUCUGGCGUAGCUACUCUCAGAACAGCCAACCAGAACAGAACCUUAUCAAGACCUUCUGGCCUGAACUCCCUGCAAAUAUUGAUGCUGCUUAUGAGAGUCUCCUAUCUGACAGAGUGUUAAUCUUCAAAGGUCGUAAGGUCUGGGCUAUCUCAGGUUAUGACAUAGUCUCUGGCUAUCCCAAGUCCCUGAAAAGCAUGGGUCUACCACAAACUGUAAAGAAAAUUGAUGCUGCCCUGUAUGAUGAAGGCUCUAGCAAAACCUUGUUCUUUGUUGGUGACUACUACUACAGUUAUGAUGAAGAAAAGAAAAGGAUGGACCAAGGUUUCCCCAAGCGUGUGGAUGAAGGGUUCCCAGGCAUGACAAGCAAAGUGACUGCAGCCUUCCAAGUCCGAGGAUUCACUUACCUCUUCAGUGGUCCCUUAAUGUUUGAGUAUAGCAUGAGCACAAGAAGACAGCGCCGUGUUCUGGGAAACAGUUACUUCCUGUCCUGUUAGAACAUCAACCUUCGUCUAAGUAGUAGCUGUGUGGCCAAUAAACAAUGUAGCCAUAUCCCAAACUUUCUUUCUAAUAUAAAGAAAAAAAAGUUAAAUUGAGCAUUAUUACAGCAUUACAUUUUGGCUAAGUGUUUGUUCCCCUGCUUUCUUUACAUGACAGAUUAAUGAAACCUGCCUUUUCUUAUAUGCAGCUGAAGUACUAAGUAAUAACCUUGAGAAGAAUGUGAAUAAUACGAGUUUUGUGUGUGUGUGUGUGUGGUGUGCAUCUUUUAAUAAAUUCAGCAUCUGUUCUUCAU